AAUGUGACAGUUCACUACAACAGAAAGCAGAAGCAGGACGUCUGUUGACGAUGUUUAGUUUCAAUUAAAAUUCUCUAAACCAUUUCUUUCAAAAAAAUUUGUGGCACACAAUUCAAGUCCCGGUCCAUUGAAGAAUCUGAAAAGCAUUACAGAAGCACACAAACCAUGACAGAAGUUAUAUCGACCGUAGAAGACGCUCAGCAGCUACGCGUACAGAACAUUAUGAAGGGGUUUCAAGUGAAUUGGAUGAAUCUGCGCGACGCUGACACUGGGAAGAUCCUGUGGCAGCACAAUGAAGAUAUGUCAAAUCCUGACGUAGAGCAUGAAGCCCGUGUGCCGAAGCGGAUCUUGAAGUGCCGUGUGGUAUCCCGAGAGUUGAACUUCAGCUCUGUGGAAUCGAUGGAGCGGUUUCGCUUGGAACAGAAAGUCCUAUUCAAAGGACGCUGCUUAGAAGAAUGGUUCUUCGAGUUUGGCUAUGUGAUCCCUAACUCCACAAACACCUGGCAGUCAGUCAUUGAAUCCGCUCCUGAAUCACAGAUGAUGCCAGCCAACGUACUCAACGGCAAUGUGGUAAUCGAGACCAAGUUCUUCGAUGGAGACCUGGUGAUCACCACCUCACGAGUGCGGCUCUUCUAUAUCUAAAAUACCUACACAACUGCAAGCAUUUACUAGUCAACCUAACUGAUUUUAAGGCAUUUUAUAGUAAUAUACUUAGGACAUAUCCAACCCUUUGACCUCCUCACAGUUACAGGGUGUAAUCUUACCUUCUUUACUAAGUAUUUCUUUACCUUCAAAGACCUAAAUUCCUAAGUGACCUUAAACUCCAUUCCAUUUGACAUUCUGAAUUAUAUACGACUUUGAGCAAUUGUUAGUAAAAAUGUAUUUUAAAUGGAAAGUAUUUUUAGUAUAAAAUCGAAAGUCGAUUCCUUUUUAAAAUUGUUUUCAAUUCUAUUUUAAAAA